AUUUCAAUAUAUUUAUUGGAAUGAAGCCACACUUUCAUGUCUGACCUUGUAUCCUACUACAGUUUCACGUUGGUGGAUCUACCAUACUUCAGCAAUGAGUCAAACAUGUGAAUGGAAAAAUGAGGUUAUAAAGAAGCAGGCCCAAAAAGAACGAGAGAAAGACGUGGAAAAACGAUGGGCAGACGUGAUGUCUAAGAACGGUGAGGGAGCUCCUGAAUGGUUAAAAGAAGCUGCUAUGAAGAAAAAGCAGAAACAAAGUUUGAAACAGAAAGAUGAGAAUUUAGCUCCAUGGCUAAAAGAAGUUCAGAAGAAGAAUGCCGGCUUAGCAAGAAGGAUAUCCGAUGCCACAAAUUGUGAAAUUGAAAGUAAUCUGGGCUGAAAUACGGAUUUGGUGCGUUUUUCUCUUUAUUACGAUAGUUUGAUUUGUUUUUGAACGAACGGUAAAUUAAAUUGUUCAAUAUCAUGUGAAUUCCACACAGAGAUUAACUAUACUACAAACAUACAUAUACGUUUAUUAUCAUGAUUCUUUUCCUUGUAUAUUAUUAUUUGCGCUUUAUUUAAUAACCUGAUUUGUGGAAAUCCAGAAUAUUUUCCUAACACGUGACUUUCAUUUCUUGAGUUUACCAUACACUGAACAUGUAAGCCCAAAUCUUCAUAAAUAUCCAAUUGAGUUUUUCAGUUCUUACCAAUUUAUCUUCACAGUUGAAAUUACGAGUCAAUCUAAGCUAAACCAUCAUUGGAAAUCUAGAAGCACUGGACGACCGUCUCGUCUUAUUAUGGGACUUGGAACCAGGUCAUUCGACCUAUCGUGCGGAUACUCAAAUUCUAGACAACGACUAGCGUCCAACGGUGUUAGUGUCUAACUUCAGUAAAUCAUAAUCUUGCGCAACCCUUCGUCGAUUCGCUGUGGUGGUCAUGGCUUCUCACCAGAACUCUACGACUUACAUCUAGCCGGUUACUAGUAAGGGGGAGAUUGCUAUCAGUAUAGGGCAUUUGUGGAGAUUGUAGUAUUUCCACACUUGGAUUCCACAUGUGAGAUUUUGGACACUCACUGUUGAGGAGUUCUUUACUAAGACGAGACGGCCAUCCAGUGAUUCCAGGUUUUCAAUAAUGGUCUAGCUUAGAUCGACUCGUGAUUUCAACUGUUAAAUUAUUAAAAUCUCCACAAACUGCUCAUACUGAUAACUUACCAAUUUAUAUCUGCAUAUAAAAUAGUAUUGACUAAGGUUUUUCCUCGGUCAUUGUUUCAACCCUGUCCAUACAUUUUUUGGUGUCAAUAGCAUGUAUAUUUACCUACCUCCGAAUAUUUAAUUGAUAUCCAGACUAAUUCCUGAGCAUGAUCGUAAAAUCUUUUGAUGACUAAU